AUGACUCCACAGGCAACCGGACGUGAGAGUUACGACCGGUCCUCAAUUUCAGAGUCAAUUGAUUUGCCUUCAGAACAAACCGCCGCAGCACCCGAACCAGCGGUUUUACGUUCUCCAAAUUCAAGCAGUGACGACACCCAAGCCGGCCUUGAAGAGACUAAAGGAGACCCAUUUUAUAAUGCUUCGGCAAUUGAAGAGGGCUAUGGACAUGCCGCCCCCAGCACAAACCGCCAAACACAUCAAACACAUCCCGCCCCUGGCGAGGAAGAACUCACACGCAAGUUCACGUUGCGCUCGUUCCUUCCUCGGCGCUCCUCCAUUGGAAGUCGCACCAGUCAGAAGUCGAACGAAACUAAGGCCUCCGAGAAAACAAAGAACGUUGAUCUGACCCUGGACGAUCGACUCGACGCUAUAAAAGAAGAAGAUGAACCUGCGGAAGAGGAGUCCAUAUUGAAUGUUCAGGAGGCUCAAAACGAAUACGGUCUGGGAGAAGAGAAGGCCGAGGAUCGCCGCCGUAGACGACAUGCUAUCAAGGACUAUACACAGAGCUCUAGCUCCGUGGCAAAGCUUCGAAAGUACUACCGUAAGGUUGUUAAUUCAAGUUUGGCUACAAGGUCAUUUGUUUACUGGCUCCCUGUCGCUCUUUUAGUGUUUAUCCCUCUGGCAGCCGAUGCCUUUGGAUCCAAAAAACUUUAUCUCGGACACUCCCGAGUCAUGUGGCUCUUUAUUUGGAUUGAAGUCGUGUGGGGCUCAUUUUUCGUUUCGAGAAUUUUUGCCCAUUACAUUCCAGAACUCUUUGGGUUUGUCAUUUCUGUCAUUGCACCUCGUUUCUUCAAAUAUGUCGACGCUACGGUUGCUAUGGAGUGGCCCAAUGCUUUUGUUAUAUGGACUUUUAUUUCAUUUAUCACAUUUUACCCCAUUAUCAGUGAUAACCACAAGGCAACAUCUGAAGCCCGUGGUGUUCAGCAAUGGCAUCGUAAGCUGAACGAAGUUUUGGCUGCGUUUUUGGUUUCCUCACUUGUAUAUUGGUGUGAGCAAAUCUUUAUUUAUACCCUGUCCACCAGUUACCACCGCACUCGGAUGGCUUUACGAAUUCAACGAGAUAAAGCGGCGAGAAAUAUUCUGGUCAUUCUUUUCGAGAUAGCUCUUUCCUUUUUCCCUCUUGCUUCUCCAGAGUUUGCUCAAGAAGAUAAAAUGCUGCUGUCUUCUUCUCUGGCUGUCAAGGAGGACUUGCGGGAAAAAUACGGCCAACGCUUCAAGAAAUCCAAGGUUGUCCAGAAUAUCAACAAAGCAGUCGACGAUACCACUAUGGCAUUUGGAAAGCUCCGCCGAGAUCUUCUCGAUGAUGAAGGGCCGGCCAACGCACGGAUUGUUGAAGAUGCGCUCAGUCGCGGCAUAACCACUCGUGUCUUGGCCGAGCGUAUUUGGAAGUCUUUGGUUUUGGAAAGCUCAGACGUUUUAGAGAUACGUGAUCUAGAAGAACUUUUGGGCCCUGAUCGUAAAACAGAAGCUUACCGCAUGUUUGAUCUUAUCGAUCCUCAUGAUAAACGGAAGUUGACUUUGAAAAACAUGCAGGAUGCCUUCACUGAAAUCCACAAGGAGCAUAAAUCAAUUGCAAAAUCGCUGGUCGAUAUCGAUAGUGUUAUCAGCAAGCUGAACCGGUUGUUGAUUGCUGUCUGUCUGCUGAUUGUUAUUAUUAUUUUUGUGGGUAUGCUUGCCCCGAGCGUUGGAGCAGUACUGGCGACUUUGGGCUCUUCUCUGCUUGCACUAUCAUUUAUCUUUUCUGCGACUUGCCAAGAAAUCUUAGCGUCGUGUGUUUACUUGUUCAUUAAGCAUCCUUGUGAUAUCGGUGAUGUCGUCAUGAUCAGUGUGCCCAACGUUGGGUUACAGAGAAUGUCCGUCAAAGAGAUUUCCCUCCUCUAUACGGUUUUCCAGGACGGUAGCACCAACGUCAUUCGCCAGGUCUCAAACUCGAUUUUGAACACUCUGUUUGUUGACAACAUUAGCCGGUCACCCCCGCAGUGCUUCAACAUUCACAUGGUUCUUGGCCUGCCUGAGACCACAUUCGACGACGUGGAACGACUCAAGGCGCUCAUUGACGAGUUUCUGGAGGAGAAUGCUCGUGACUACCUGCCCAACCCCUGGUACCAGGUCACCAAUCUGCCUGAUCUGGACCGCAUCAAUCUCGAUUUCCAGAUUACUCCUCGGGUCAAUAUGGAGGACUCGACCAUGUGGGGAAACCGUCGCACAAGGUUCUUGCGUUUCCUCAACAACUGUGUACAUCAGUUGCAUCUGUCGAUUCCUCGUCGCGACGAUCAGCACACCAGUCCCGAUGCGCCGUUCUUCACCGUGGCUAUGGAUCCCAAAGACCCCGUCGUUACUGGACUGCGCUCCGAGCGGUAUAUGGCUCGUGAGCUGAACGUCCUUUCGAAGCCGGAGUAUAUUAACGAUUUGAAGCGCACAACAACCUCUGCAUCCCACGCAGUUUCAGUAUCAUCUUCGGCAAGUGCCGGCGGUCGCCGUCGCGAAGGACAGGCCCGACGAGUCUCGACAAAUGAACGCAGUGUGUAG